AUGCUUACAUAUAGUUCAAACCAAGAUUUUUUAUUGUUUGAUUUAAAACCCAACAAUAGUUUAAAUAUUUAUAAUUCAAGCAUACUUGGUAAAGGCUUCAUAACCUAUCAAAGAUUGAUUCAGGCAAAUAAUUCCAGAGUUGAAGCUAGAGAGUUUUUAAUCGGUGAUAUUGUAUUUUCUCAAGAUAUUAUAAAUGCAAAAGAGUGCAGUAGUAUACAUUUGGUCAAUACAACAAUUGAUGGAGUUUCUGUAAAUAAAUAUUUCGUUUUGUCAAAUUCGCAACUUUAUUUAAAUGGUCUAAGUUUAAUUCAAUUUCCAGGUGUCAAUAUAUAUUCAAAUUUUGAACUUAUACAAAUAGCUUCAUCUUCAAAUGUAACGAUUAGUAAUUUAAUAUAUGGUUUCCCAGGUUUCCCAAUUUACAUGGUAUACAGUAGCAAUAUAGUACAAUCUUUUAUUAGUAUAGAAAGCUCACUGUUUAAUUACCAUAAAGGUUUCAUUUUUUCAAAUGCUCAAAUAAACUUUAAAAAUACAAAUAUAAUAAAUCAUCAAAAUUUAGAUAGUCUUUUUAAAAUCAUCUCCUCAAACUUCAAGUGCGACCAAUGUCAAAUUAUGGGUGGUAGUCUUCUAGGGACCACCUCUUUUUUAUUUUAUUUAGAUUUGAAUUCAAAUUUAACCCUGGUAGAAAGUUUUAUUACCGAUUCAUCAAAUAUCCUCACAACAACUGUAUCAAAUAAUAUUAUAUUUCAAAAUUGUUCCAUCCAAAAUUUAUUUUCACAAAACAAUAAAAUAAUAGACUUAAAUGGAGCUUCAAGUUUUAUGGCUUAUAAUACAACAUUCGACUCUAUUACAAGCAAUGGAAAUAGCUUUUUUUAUGCUUGCGAUAAUUCUAAAGUUUAUUUAGACAAUUGCAGAUUAUCUUUUUUAAGUGGCUCAGGUAGUGCCCCAUUUAUUUAUAUCGAAUCAAGUUGGUUAAAUAUUUCAAAUAGUCUUAUUCAAUCAUCAUCAUUUCAAAAUACUAUGAUAUCAAUUACUUCUUCAACCAUGGAGGCCUCCUCGCUAACUAUUUUAAAUAGUAACAGUAAUGAAGGUGUGGUUAUUGUAGCUCGAGGACCAUCCAACCUAUAUUUAGCUAAUAGCUCUGUUAGUUUUACUUCAUUCGAAACAUUUUUAAUAGCAGACAACUGUAAUAUUUAUUUAGAAGAGUUUAUUUUUUCAAAAAAUUUUGGCAAAUUUAUUCAGGUUUUCAAUAAUAGUCAAUUUGUUUGUAAUGGUUUGCAAUUAGAGACAAAUUCAAUGAUAUCAAAUGGCCAUAUCUUUUACUUUGGAGAGUCAAGUGCUACAAUUUUAUUUUUUUCAACUUCAUUAGAGAUUAUUCCAGAUACUAUUAUGGUUUCAAAUAACUCAAAUAUUCAAUUUGAAGAGUUUGGUCUAUUAUUAAAUACCUUUGUUGAAAGUGUUCAAAAGCCAUCAAUUUUUGAAUUUAACAACUCCACUAUAAUAUUCAAAAACUCAUUCUUGAGAGGCAAUGGUAUAGAAGCCAAUAGUAAUGUAUUCAAUAUUAAUGGAGGUUCAAUUUUAUUUGAUGGAUGCAGUUUCUUCAAUAACAAUAACUUUUUAAAUGGUAGUUUUUUAAAAGGUUUCAAUAAAUCCAUCAUAGCUCUUCAAAAUACUGUCUUUGAAUAUAAUGAAUUUGUAACAGGAACUAUCCAACUGUAUGAUUAUUCUCUAAUAUCAAUAAGGAAUAGUAAUUUUUCAAAUAAUUCAAAUAAAGCCAAGGGUGGAAUAGUUUACUUUGCUGAAACAUCAAAUUUACAAGAUUUAGAAUCAAAUUUAUUUAUUUCAAAUAAAGCAAAUUAUGGGGCUGUUUUUUUUUCAGAUGUUUUAAUUAACUAUUGGAUAGUAUAUUUUGAUAAUAGUUCUUAUAUUAAUAAUAAAGCAAUUUAUGGUAAUAAAAUGGCAAGUGUUCCUUCAAAAAUUUCAAUCUAUUAUUUUAACACAGAGUUUUCUACUACAAAAGUAAGAAUUGAAUUGCAAGAUGAUUAUAAUAAUGCAGUUACAGAUUUUAAUUAUUUUGCAAAUGUAGAAAUAUCACAAGUUUUAUCAAAUAAUAGCAAGGUUAUAGUUUUUUUAGAUUCAAUAGUUAUUAAAAAUGGAUAUGGUUCUUUCAAUUAUGAUUUUUAUGCACCCGAUUAUGUUUCUUAUUUUUCUUAUGAUGUAUUUGUACAAAAUAUAAAUGUAUCAAGUUUAUCAAAUACAAGAAAUAAAACAAAGUGUCUAUCCUAUCAAAGGCAUAAUAAAGAAACUGGCUUUUGUUCAUUUUGCCCACCAGACCAAGUUUCAGUAAGAGGUGUAUGUUCUCGAUGUCCCUCAACACUAAGAUGCUUUAAUUCUUUGUCAACUAUUGAAGGGUAUUAUUUGGUAUCAAAUCAAGAUCCAAAUAGUUUUGAAUAUAAUGUAUAUCAAUGUCCAGUCGAUAUGUGUUCAGGGGGUAACCAAUGCUUUCUAAAUUUAAAUAGUGGCGAUUUAUGUUCUGCUUGUCUUGAAGAUUUUUUUAAUUUAUAUCCAGAAAGUGUCUCAAAAAAUGGGUUGCACUGUUGUAGUUAUUAUGAACCAAGGUUAAUUUCAAUUUAUUUGUUCUACUUGGUUAUACUGGGUCUUAUUUUCUCUCUAUUCAAAUAUUCAAUUCGUAAUAGUUUGGUUGGGUUAUAUUCAAUUAUAUUUUUCUCAAAUAAAGGUCUUUAUUUAAUACCUUUGUUUAGAAUGUCGAUUAACUUUAUCGAUAACUAUUGCACAAUUAAAGCCAACUAUUUUGAAAAAUCGAUAGUAUCAUUGGUAUCAAUUUUAAUUGUUUAUUUAGUAGGCAUCUCAAAUAUAUCAUCAAAGGCUUUAUUCUAUCUUUUAAAAUCAAAACCAUCCAUCUAUAAAAUGGUGCCAGUAUCGGUCAAAUACAACUUAUAUCUCCACAAGAAAUAUGAAAAAAAUUAUCUCAAACCAAACAGCUUAUAUUGGAAUUUAUUUUUAAUGUUUUCUCAUUUUCCAUAG